AUAGAGAACUUUCAUCGUUCAUUUAACAAGCUAAAUGUUCCCUAUGUAUAGUACCCUAUGUAGUAGUGCAGCUGUUGAUCGUUAUUAACUUUCACAUAGAGUCUCAUCUCGGGAUCAUGCAUAGCUCAUCAAUUCCUUCCGUUACUUAAUAAAUGAAGUCGAUCAUUUCACAAUUCACUCCUUUCUUCUUUCGUCGUUUCGAAUAACUGUGCACAGACUGUAAUAAGGAUAAGUAGAAAGUGCGGAUGGCUAUACAUCAAAGAGACUGAUUGUUCUGGGCACGCUGUAAUAGUUGGUACACAGUGUUUAGCAGGACUUUGAUAUUAGAUCGUUAUCGUCUAGUGAUUAGAAGCUCGGUAUGACUAUUUUACGAGUCGGCGACGUCUCCAUCACUUUCACGUCGUUUUUUAUGAAACUCAUAGGAUUUUGGCUUGCUGCCAAUCGCAGUGAACAACGGCUCAGAGACGUCACACUGUUUUAUACCAUGUUCGCGAUUCUUUUCGCCUUGUGGAUUCAGACUGUGGAUUUCUAUCACUCCCGCGAAGAUUUUGGGGCUUGUCUUUAUAAUGCAUGCAACAUUUUGUCGCUGACAGUGCCAAUGUUUAAGAUACUCGUUCUGCUUGUGCACAAAAAGAAAUUUUUUAAUUUAAUUACAUAUUUCGAGCGAAAUUUUCUGCAUGCAAAUUAUGACAAAUACGAAGCAUCGGUGUUGGCCAGUUGCAAACGCCAAUGCACUUUUUUCAUUUGUAUCUUUAUUUUCUUUACCGAAAUCACCGUUAUGUCUUACAUCGGUACACCAAUUAUUGCGAACAUCGGAAAGAACGAAUCUGAGAGGGAACUUCCGUUCAAUAUGUGGGUUAAUUUGCCAGUGACCAUGACACCGUAUUUUGAAAUCUUUUUCACUGUGGAGGCUCUAUGCGUCUAUCACAUUGGGUUGGCAUAUUUUUGUUUCGACAAUAUAUUAUGCAUCCUGAGCCUACAUCUGGCUGGACAGUUUAAAAUAUUGCAAUAUAGAUUAUCGAGCAAAUAUAUUGUAACCCUUGAAAAGAAUUCGGAGAAGAAUUGUUCGAAACUUUUAAACGAUUCUUAUGGUACCUUUAAAGGAUGCAUUCGACAGCAUCAAACACUCAUCGCGUUUUGCAAUCAGCUUGAGGAAGUAUUCAGUCUGAUUGUACUCGUGCAAGUCAUGGCAUUCAGUUUGUUAAUUUGUCUCGAUGGGUUUCAAAUGCUUCUGGCAGAUCUGCCAUUCAGACGACUUAUCUUUUUCUUCCACUUCAUGGCGACCACCUGUCAAUUACUGAUGUUCUCGUACAGUUGUGACCGCAUCAUUCGAGAAAGUAUGAAAUUGGCCCCGGCAGUAUAUUCUGGACCGUGGCUCCUUUUUCCCAUAAGUGAAAACGGACAGAAGAUAAAGAAAGAUUUGAUAAUGGUCAUCAUGAGAUCUAAUGUACCCUGCUGCCUUACAGGCAGUGGAUUCUUCAUGGUGUCUUUGGAAACCUACACAAAGGUUUUAACUACAGCUGCAUCCUACUUUACACUGUUACAACAAACCCAGGAUACUAUUAGUUAGUUCGUAGUAUUUUAUGAUUGUAAUAUUCUGCAUGCUCUGCACAGAAAACAGUGUAUGAUUGUUGAACAGAAUGUAAAUGAAUUAUUCGUAUCUGUUGCAUGAUAAAAACGGUACUACGAAAGAAAAAUAGUUAUAUUUCUUCAAAUCAAAUUGUUUGGUAUUUGAUCGUUGUUUCAUGUCAUGGCAUUUUUCUGUAAUUUUCGGUAAAAUUUUGAAAUUUUUUAACCGUCUUUGAAAAAAGUUUAGUCAAUUAGAAUCGGGGUCUUUACAGGGGAUGGGACUCGUGGCGCUUCCUAGACGUCCGUGCAAUACUUCGCGGGGGAGUGCGCGAGGAGGAUUGUCGGGGGAAGGGAAGUCUGAAGGGUCGGGAAGGCUCACAGGAAGGUUCACUACGUUACGCGUUCGAGAAUGGGACUAAAAAGGGACAAAUGGGAAGGGAAGGGGCUUGGACGAAAUCGCGGAGUAUCGUGCGCGAACGAAAGGACACGCCAAACGCUAAGCGCCAACUGACGACGGCUCGUCGUCGCCGCUGCGAUGAGACCGUCGCGUCGCAGGGAAUUUUUGGAGAGGGGAUUGGCCGGUGAUCGGGAUCGGUAGGGCUGACGGGCCUUGGGCUCGACGGUAGAUGGUCCCACGGUGUCCUUUUGUGGGGGGCUGAAGGGUCAUCGUCGGCCUCGGGGCGGGGUCCUCCUGG